UGAGACCGCCAAGCGCGCCGUGGUUCGUAGUCGAGGAACGGGACAUAGUUGACACACAGAACGACACAACUCGCACGAUCGUCGCAACUACCCUAGAGAUUACGUUUGUUUGAACGAUAAAAACAAAACAAAAAAAAACACACAAACAUAAAGUGCCGUAGAUUCGUCCGCCAUUAUCUCCGGAUUUCAUUGUUUGUUGUUUACGUUUAGCGUAGAGCCAGCCGACACCGUCCUCGGGUUUACACCCGAAAACUCUGUCUGCACACCCCCGGAACCGAAACAAAAGUUUGAUUUAUCCGACCGGAUUAGCGCGAGUUCGGUAUCUGUGGCCAGGCUCGUCGAAAGUUGCGCAAUUUGAGAUUUUAGCGGAAGUUAUGGGCUACGGGCUGAGCCAAGCGGUCGGCGGUUUGGCAGUUCUGGUGUUGCUCGUGGCAGCUUUGGAAGUGUCCGGCCAAGAAGCGUGGAGCAAUCUGCAGCGAGGCGGCGUAGCGUCCGAAGGCGGACCCGGCACAUCGUCGUCGUCGUCGUCCGAAGACAGAACGCACGAGCUGCUGGCUUUCAAAAUGAUGAGCAGGAACAUACACCCGGAUUUCAAGACGGCGUCAGCCAAGCGGUCCACCAUGCUGCUGAGCAAGCUGAUGCAGCCCUUGUUCAAGGCCUACAAGAACGACGCCGACGGAGGCUUCAGCUCGCAGAUGGAGCUGCAGCGCAGGGGAGAGGGAAAGAUGUACUGGAAGUGCUACUUCAACGCUGUCUCCUGCUUCCGGAGAAAGUAGAACGUCAACUCGCCGGUUGAAACUGGACAUUCGCUAUCCUUGGACAAAAGAACCUCAUCGCACCGGAAUCGGCUACAUGAAGUUUUCCCCUGAAAAGACCCUACACAAAGCAGAGGAAAACAAAUACAAGAGUCCAAGAUUCCUACAAAAAGAAAAGAAAGAAAAA